AUGGAAUAUUCAGGUAAAUACUGCAUUUACAAGAAAGGGGGUUACUGUCCAAUCAAUCUCACAUCAGGAUACAUCAGAUGGGACGAUGAGGACAAUAACAACAAAAACAACAAAACCGGGACACUUCCUGAUGGCGUAUACGAUCGCAACACAAAGAUUGAAUUUUGUUGUAGAACAGAUGGAAAUAAAAACAAUCCCAUCUCCCUCCCCACCCUCAAGCCAUUUUUCCUGCUAGCUUAUGAUUCCGCUGAAUGCCAGCAUGUGAAAUGGGCGGUAGUCAGUGUGGAGUGGAUACGGUUUGAUAAUGAAGAUUCUAGUAACGCAGACGACCAAGGAGGGUCGCAUCCACAUGGUGCUGGAAUUGAUAAUCACAAAAUUCAUUACUGUUACUAUCAGGGUAAGUGA